AGAUAAUUUUAGAUAAGCUGUUCUUGGCUACUCCAUAGAAUCACACUGCAGACACUCUUGAAAGAUUCUAGCUUCUGGCUGAAGAGUUUACGAGAAUGUUCUGGCUGUGUGGGGGAAUCACAUUUCUUUUAUUAUAUCAUGGAGCUGCUCUUCUCCCACCUUGUGACAGUGAGAUCUACUGCACGGGGGAGCUUUUAAGACAGGUACAGUUGGCCAAACUUUUUGACGACAACAAGGCCUUUGUAGAUAUGAAAUUGAAUGCAGCACCUGAUAUUGUUUUAGAUGCCUUCUCCAACCUAACAAAAAGGUUUCCAAAUGGAACUGUUCCUCCAUCAGAUCUACAAGUGUUUGUGAAUACGUACUUUGCAAAUAGUGGUAAAGAGUUUGAGCCGUGGAGUCCUCCAGACUGGCAUGACAAGCCAAAGUUGUUAUCCAAGAUCUCCGACCAAAAUCUUCGCAGCUGGGCUGAGGAGUUGCACGGUUUGUGGAAAUCACUUGGCCGAAAGGUCAGUAACGAUGUGAGAGACAAUCCACAAAUGUAUUCUAUGAUAUACUGCCCAUAUCCCGGGAUUGUACCAGGUGGACGCUUCACUGAGUUUUACUACUGGGAUUCAUAUUGGGUGAUAAAUGGUCUCAUAUUAUCUGAGAUGGUGCAAACAGCCAAGGGAAUGAUUGAAAACUUCCUACACAUGGUGAAGCGGUAUGGUUUUGUACCAAAUGGAGGGAGAAUAUACUAUGAGCGACGCAGCCAGCCACCCUUCCUACCUCUAAUGAUGGAGAGUUACUAUGAGGCCUCUAAGGACAAAGAAUUUCUCAGGAUGGCUUUACCACUGUUGGAAAAUGAGUACCGUUUUUGGAUGGAGAACCGCUCCGUUGCAGUGGAAGUGAACAGUGUCAAGCACAUCAUGAAUCGUUAUUAUGUACAAGUUGGCCAGCCCAGGCCAGAAUCAUAUGCACAUGAUGCAGAGCUGGCAGAGGGUUUACCUGCAGAGGCUCAGGAGAAGCUGUGGACAGAACUGAAAGCAGCAGCUGAGUCUGGUUGGGAUUUUUCCUCACGCUGGUACAUUAACAACUUGGGCCAAAACAGUGGCUCAUUUAGGGACACUAAGACGAGCUUCAUCGUGCCUGUUGAACUCAAUGCUCUCAUUUGCCGUAAUGAGCAAGUACUGGCCACCUUUCACAGAAUUCUGGGUAAUGAGGAAAAAGCACGUGUAUAUGACACUGCAGUCUCUUCCAGGCUGAAGGCUAUAGAGAGUGUUUUAUGGGACACAAAGCAGGGAGCAUGGUUUGAUUAUAAUUUGUUGAGUAGCACUAGGAAUUCAGCCUUUUAUCCGACUAACCUAAGUCCUCUCUGGGCACAUUGUUAUUCUCAGCCUGAGAUGGGACAGCAGGCACUACAGUAUCUCAGAGGGAGUGGUGGUCUGGACUACCCCAAUGGUGUUCCCACCUCUUUGAGUCAGAGUGGCCAGCAAUGGGAUAUGCCUAAUGCCUGGCCUCCACUCCAGCACAUGCUCAUAGAGGGUCUGUCACAGCUUGACUUGAUAGAUGCCAAAGAUCUUGCCUCUGAUUUGGCUCAACGGUGGAUUCAGUCAAAUUGGCUGGCUUAUGUUAAAUAUGACGCUAUGUUUGAAAAGUAUGAUGUCAGUGGAGAUGGCAAACCCGGAGGAGGUGGUGAAUAUGAAGUUCAGCUGGGGUUUGGAUGGACCAAUGGUGUUGCUCUACAGCUGCUGGACAAGUAUGGGAAUAGUCUGAGCUCUGGGGGAAGUGCCCUAGGUGCUGGCUUUCUGAAUGGACUAAUUUACCCAGUUGUAUAUACCAUGGUUUACUAUGCACCAUUCUGAUAAUUAUAUUUGGAAAAAGGGCAUCUUGAAUAAUAGAAUUUUAGAAUUCCAUGCAAGUCAAAAUGCAAAAUGAAAGUCAAUUUCAGUAACCCUACUGUAUUAGGACUACAAGAUAUUUUUUUUUUUAUAACUCAUCUUAUAGCAAUUCAACUGUUCUGUGAUCUAAAUAAGUGUAAAUACACUAAGUAAAAUGGUCCCAGCUUUUGUGAUACAUCUUGUGGAUACAUUUAAAAAAAAGUUUUUGUUUUAACCCAGAAAGCAUUUACACGGUUGUUUGUUCUUAGCUAGACAUCGGUUAGGCAUGUUGAUUAUUUUGUUUUCUUCACUUUGAAAGGUGUAGUGAUCAGUUUAUAAUAAUAAGUAAAAACGUUUAAGAUAAUAAUAAGUAAAAGUUUAAGAUACGUUUAUUAUGGCUGUAGGUGAAAUUACACUGUGUCCAUACCUUUGGCAGAAAUAAUGCUUUAUGUGUAAGCCAUAGAUGUCACAGUUUUGACCAGUGCUGCCACAUAAACAUUUAUGGUAGGCCAAAAUGAAAUGGGUCUAGCUGAGUCUAUAAAACUCCAAAAUAUUGUUUAUAGCGCAAGGGGUUCAUGCCUAGUGAUUCACAUCUUAGUGAGAAAACUUGCCUGCAUACAGCCACACAAUAAAGCACAUGCACUCACAAGAUUGUAUAAUCACUGUUCACUUUAUUAGGAACACCUGCACAUUCUGCAGUUAUCUUAUCAGCCAAUCAUGCAGCAGCAGCAGCACAAUUAAAAACUAUUAAAAAAUUAAAAACUAUAUGCAGAUAUAAGUCAACAGCUUCUGAUCAUUUUCAAUCAUUAUAAUGAAAAAAAAUGUGAUCUCUGUGCCUUUGAUUGUAGCAUGUUUGUUGGUUGGAGUAAGUCAUUUUUUUCCAACCUUUUUCUUUGUUGUUUUUGUUUAUUUCACAACAAAAGACAGUACUUUGUAGACAAAACAACAAAUACAAGAACAAAUGAUGUGUACAGUGUGUGUGUUUGUUUGCUUAAGUGCACCAGGGUAAUGGGUAGAGGGGUUGUUUUUGGAAAAGAGAAAGAAGGGAGCAAAGAGGGAGGAUACAGAAGAAGGGCAAAAAAUUUUUUAAUUAAAUUAAAAAAGAAAGGAAGUAAGGAGAGCAAGAGGGAGAAAAGAAAACAGGAAGAAAGAAGAAAAUCAAUCAAUCAAUCAAUCAAUCAAUCAAUCAAUCAAUCAAUCAAUCCCUACAGGUGAGGGCUGGCCCAAUCGCUUGUUCCCCUCCUAAACAGCUCCCCAACCAGCCAGGAGGGAGCUUGUUUAUUCGGGCAAAACAGUCAUGAAAUGCGGUGGUGGCCAACACUGAAACCCCUUCUGUCCCACCCAUAGCGAUACCCCAGGGUGCCCAAAGACAGGCCGGAAUAUCAACAUCAACCCCCUCCAAUCAGUUUAGGUGGGGGAGAGAAAAAUAAAUAAAUUAAUAAAUUAAAAAAAAAAUUCUAACCUUCAACUGUGCCCACGAUAGCCUCCAGUUUUUCAGGAGUACAAUCUGAUGUUGUCUUUUGCAGUUGUAGCUGAUCCGCCUCAAUGUUUGAUUUGUGUACAUUCUGAGAGCAGAUUUUCUGCUCACUACUGUAAAGAGUGCUUAUAUAAGUUACUAUAGACUUCCUGCCACCUCUUUCUCUUCUCUUCAACAAGGCGUUUCAGCCUGCACACAAUGUUUUUUGUUUUUCACACCAUUUGGUGUAAAUCCAAGAGACUGUUGCGAUUGAAAAUUCCAAGAGCUGAAAACGCAAACCAGCCCAUCUGACACCAACAAGCAUGCCAUUGUUAAACUUUCUGAUGUUUGAUGUGUGCCUGAGCUAUUGACCUUCAUGUGCAUGGUUUUAUGCAUUGUGCUGCCACCACAUGAUUGGCUGAUUAGAUAACUGCAUAAAUGAGCAGUUCUACAGUUGUUUUUGUACAGUUGCUCCAGUCAGUAUAUCUAAAAUGCAAAGCUGCAAUGCAAUAAGCAGGCAAUCUCUAUUGCUUUUUUCUCUAGUAGGGACUAUGCUUCGGUCAGUAAAGACUUUGUGGACUUGUGUUGUUGGCCCUCCUUGAUCCCUUAUGUGUUUUUCCAUCUGUCUGUUUGUGCUAUUGCUGCCAUCUGAGUCUUUUUUCCACUGUUUGUAUUAAAGUUGCAUCCCAUAUUUAUGCAAUGUUCUAUGAAGUUUGCAAUACACAUUCGCUUUUUGAAUCAGAAUGUCCACUUUAUAUUCAGCUGCUGGAUGGUUGUGAGUUCAAAUUCAAGCAAUGCCAAGCAGCCACUGUUGGGUUUUUGAUCAAGAACUGUACCCUUCAUAUGCUUAUUGUAUACAGUGAGGGAAAAAAUUAUUUGAUCCCCUGCUGAUUUUGUAUGU